AUGCGUCCUCUGAAGAGAAAACAGCAGCGUUUACUAUACACGAGCAUCAACGCGGACUUGGUCCAACGCCGAAUGGAUGCGAACGGAGGAGCAACCGCUUUCAUUGAUGAUUUCACGGCCUGGGUAAGCGACCCAACAGCGCAAAGCAAUCUUGAAGGCAUCCAGUCGAUAGUUGAACAUGCCACAGAAUGGGAACUACGGAGCGGUGCGACAUUGGAGGCGAAGAAAACGGCAAUCGUACACUGUACCCGUAUCGCACGAGAAAUUGACACAACACCCAUUGUGAUCAAAGGGCAGCCUGUGCAUCCCCAAGAAUCCGCCAAGAUCCUAGGCGUGGUUAUGGACAAUCGGCUUCAAUUUAGACAACACAUCGCUCGGGCCGCGUCAAAGGGCCUUGAAGCGGCCAUGGAACUGACGAGAAUUCGAGGACUGUCAGCAAAAACGGCUCGUCAGCUGUUUGCAGCCACAGUGAUUCCAGUUGUGGACUACGCUUCGAAUGUGUGGAUGCAUGCCUACAAAGACAAGUUGAUAGGACCGAUUAACCGUAUUCAGCGGGCAGGGGCGCAAGCCAUCGUGGGCACCUUCAUGACCGUAGGACGGCCGUUGCGGAGGCUGAGGCCCACAUCGUGA